AUAGUGCUUGCCAGCUCGCAGAUGAUCACCAGAUCUACGCCAGACCCGCUUAUGACGUAUGGCUCUUUUCAAGAACUGAUCGCGUCGCUACGCAUCUUUGCUCGACCAGCGGCCGGGUCGAAUUUAUCAACUCUUCGCAUAUCCAUUGAGCAUUGUCGCCACUGUCGUACAGCCGUGGGGUCACUGUUGGCGACAGCAGCGAUGAUGGGCGAACUCGCAGCGACAUUUGCGAAGCUUGCUGCGUUUCGCUUCCCGAGUCGCCAUACAGAUGCAAUUCUCUCGUACCGAUUGGACCACUUCCGUUGCAGUUCCCUCCUCGCCCGACUCAGUCGCGUGCGAGCAAAGAUUCCUCCGAUAUGUUUGCCUGUCAAGAACUCCGUCAUACUCCCGUACGCUUACUUUAAAACCGCCGCCAUGUGCAGCCAUGGAGUCAUUAGGUUCAAUCCGCUGCUCUGCUCAGUAUCAAACAGCCAUCCCCGGCAGCCAUCCACCUCGAUCCGCCUCUCGAUCCAUCUUUCGCUCACCCUCGUUUUCCAUCUCUCAUGGCGUGGGGCAAUCGCUUGCUGUCACUGGCCGCGCUGGCGGUGGGGCUGCUGGCCGUCGCAGCGUGUGGAGCGAGGGACAUGAUCAAGGGAGCGACUGACGUCGCCGCAAAGGAGCCUCCUGAGGGAGGCAAGGGCGUGGCCGGCCAGCAGAGGAAGGGCGCUCGCAUUCUGGCCGCUGAGACUUUCUCUCAGCGCAGCCCGCUGCCAGACUACCUCUCCCACAUCCCCCGCCGCAAGGCCCUUGCUACCA